AUGUUCAUUCCUUUCAUCACUAACAUAUAUGCCCGACGAUUAUUGGGACCUCUUGGAGUAACCGGUGGUGUUUUACAUUUGGUUUUCUAUCCCAUAGUCUUAACGACAAUAAUAUGCCUCGGAGAACGCAAUACGUCUGAGUUUGUUUGGACUGAGUUUGUGACAGAGUUUAAUGGAUGAGAUAAUAAAUUUAUUGCGUGGUCAAUGGGUCAACUUAGUGUUGUGUAUCCUAUGGGACGUAUGUACUAAAAUAUGAUCAGACAGUGCCUGGAUAAUAAUCUCGAUGAAAGGAUAAGACGGUGCUCUUCACAUGUCUGAGGAGGCUAGACGAGCAUCUGGAAAUGUUCCACUUGCUAUGGUUCUCGGAACCUUCAUCAAUGGUAUCCUUGCAUUCGGUUUCGUUAUUGCCGUCCUUUAUAGCAUGGGAUCUCUCGAGAACGCAGUAGAAUCACCUACUGGUUAUCUUACAUCGGGAUAUAUUAUGAAGCUACGAAAUCAAAAGCAGGGACAAAUGCUCUGAUGAGUACCGGUAUCAUUGUCAGAUUUUAUGCACUCUUCAGUAUUUUGGCAAGCAUGACAAGGUUGAUCUGGGCUUUUGCUAGGGAUAAUGGGCUACCAUUCUCUCGAUUUUUCGCAAAGGUAGGAUUUUUCAUGCAGACAGUUUAGUUCUCAAUGCUCGAGAACAAAAUUUCUUUAUGCUGUCGGCUAACAUUGAAUAUUCACUCAGAUCUCGCCGACGCACAAAAUUCCGCUCCGGGCUCUGUGCCUCGCCACCACAAUCGUUCUACUUUUGUCUCUGAUCAAUAUUGCUUCUACCACGCUUUCAACGCGAUUGUAUCUCUCCUCACCUCGCAACGUAUCUAUCCUAUAUCUCACUCAUUAUCCGUCGCUUCUCCUCCAAAUCCACUCCGCGUCCCUUCAAAACUGUGCCACUAUUUAAUCUCGAGAAAUAUGGGUUGUGAAACAGUCUAUGGGCC